AUGCUUCUCCAGAAGCGUGCUUCCCCCGACAUUCCCAACGACGAGGGCAAGACGCCUUUGGACAAUGCUCGUGAAAAAGGUCAUGAAGGAAUAGUGGGCCUGCUCACUGCAGUCAAGGCGACAACGGAGCCCCAAAAGGCUGCAGAGGCCCAUGACAAAGGGCAGCUACUUAGCGCGGCUGAGAAUGGAAACAUGGAGGAGAUCAAGCGGCUGUUGUCAGUUGGAGUGGACCUUGAUGCCAGGGGCCGGCAACGCAAAACUUCGCUGCAUUUGGCGGCGGAGGAGGGCCACUGCGAGGUGGUGAACCGACUCCUGGCAGCGAAGGCUGCCGUGGAGGCACAGGAUGAACUAGGCAAUACACCGCUGCAUUGCGCGGCGCAGAAUGGCCAUACCACCAUCAUGGACCGGCUGGUGGCUGCUGGCGCCGCCGUCGACGCGAAGACCAACGGAGGUGAAACGCCCCUCCACCGGGUGGCCUACCACGGCCGCUCCAAGGCGGCGCAGCGGCUGGUGGCCCUCCGGGCCGACGUCGACGCCAAGAACGACUACGGUGUGACCCCCUGGGCCUACGCCGAAGCGAACGGCAAACAAACGCAGAUGGGGUUCGUUCUGCGUCCCGUCCAGGUGGGCCUGCUGAGUGGUCGCACUGUGCCCUGUGACCCGGAGCUCAGCCGCACCGUACGUGAACUGCUGGAAGAAGCCCAGUCAAAGUUUGGGACUAGGAUCCACCACCUCGUCACAAGUUCUGGAACGACUUUGAAAGAGCAUGUGACUUUGCAGGACGCUGGCAUUGGCUAUGCCAGCUACGUGACCGCCAUCGCUUCGGUCCACGACGAUGAGGUCACAUCUUCAGCUCCUCGAGCUGAGGCUUCAGUGCUAGCAGCUUCAGAAGGUCCGAGUGGUACAGAGGCUGACAGCAGCCAGCUUCUCGAGAAGGGCGCUGGCUAUGCACAUGGAAGUGUGGAGGUCUCAUCUCCAGAUCCUGCAGCUCAGCAAGCUGUUGGCUGCCAGUCUGGUGAAUUGGCGGACGCACGUCGCAGCAUGCAGGAAGAAGCUCAAGAUGAAGGUUUUGAAUAUGCCGCUUCGGAUCUUGUAGAACAACCUGCAGCCCAGCCAGUCUUGCACAACGUUGAGGAAUUUCAAUCAGCACCCUUUGUGAAGAAGAUCGGCUUUGACUGGGAAGAGGGACACACUUACUUAGAUAUAGAGUUGGACAAUACUGCCAUUUGCUCGGUACGGGAUGACAUUGUGAUGAUGAGCAGCAAAUCGGUACACCAAUCAAACUCAUUGGGAUUCGAAGUCCUGGAGGACUAUGAUGCCCCGGCUUUGCCUGCUGGCAUGGUGCCUAUGGGUCCUUUGUUGAGGCUCUGGCCUGAAAACGUGACCUUCUCUGAAGAAGUUCAUGUAGUCAUGCCCGUGUGUCGUGGUGCGAAGCAUGCUUGGUGCACCACUGAUAGUGGCUGGAAGCAGGUGCCUGUUCACAUCAGACAGAACAUCAUGAUCACCUCUUUACACCACUUUUGUAGUAUGCAGCCUGCUGGUGAACCGGUGGAAAUAAAGGCUUUGGGUUACAUCAAGCAGCCAAGUGCAAAGAUAGUCUUGGCACACGUUGAAUGCCACGACUGUACGAAAAGACUGAGAAACCGUGAGAAAGAUCCUGAUAUUCUCGAGGACUUUACCAAAUGCAGAGAUCCAGAGCUGCUGGACGAGCGUAACGAUGGGGAUACAGUGGAGCUCUCGCAACCAGGAGCUUUCCAAAAGACGAUCCAGUUGAAAUUUCAGCGCUUUCCCUUUGUCUCUCCAAAGCUCUCAGCUCGGUCUGGGAGUUUCAAAGUUCAAAUUGAUGAUGAAACCUGUGAGUUUCAACUUGACCGAGAUGCGGACAGCGCAGAGGUAGCUCGUCCCAGACAACAUGCAUCCCCGCAAGUUGCAUCAGAGCAGACAUCGACAGGUUCAGCAAUCCACCACCCACCUGAGGUCAGGCUGAAGUGGGAAGAGCCUGUUGUGAUUGAGGUGGAUCUUUCAGAGCUGCUGACAAAGAUGGACCCGGGGUUGUACCAAGUCCUUGCCCAAGAAAGGGGAAAAUGGCAUCAAGUCUCCGAAGAUCUCUUUCUUCACAUCUGGACAGAUGCCAAUAUUGCUAGAGCGCAGGUCGCACAAAGGUCUUUGUGCUUGGAGCAUGUCGAGCAGGUCACGUCCGACUUGGUGCGAAGAAUCUGUGUUGCCUUGGGCCUGGCCUUCUCUUCUGACAUGGCUAAGAAGCUUACCAAGAUCGUCCGCUGCAAACAGGUCACAGAUUUGCGAUGGUAUGACAUCUUUAGACACCGUGCGUUCAGUACGAUCAAUGCCUGUGCCAAGCGUGGUGCUAGCCAAAUUUUACUGGUGGGCGUACAGCCAAAGAUGCUGAACUCAAUCACUGGGGAAGAGCUCCGCUGUCUUGACAAAGACCUACAGCAUGCAUGUGAGAAGAAGAGCUUUGACUUAUAUCACUUGCUUAAAGGUCUGGAAUGCCCCAUUGACAGACUGGAGGAGGAGCUCCAGGAGUGGCUGCGAAAAGAUGCAAAGCACCAGGUAGUGAUCGCAUCCUGCUGCGAGGACGAUCAAGAAGCAGCCCGACAUAUUUGCAAACGCCUCAAUGACGGGCUGGAUGUAUUGGAAUACGUUGAUGCGUUGAGUCCAGAGGAAGUCAUGUGGAAUCUGAGCAUCAGUGCCAUCAAGAAGGUCGUUACGCAACUUGACCAAGAUGGAUUUGGGAUGCCCGCGGAGAAGUUCGGCCAAGCCAUGAGGAUGCUUGGGAUGAGUGCGACAACGAUGAAGGUGUCAACACCAUCGACCAAACCGAUUGGCAUCCUUACCCUGCACGACCUUUUGCUUGAAGACCUGAAGAAUUCGGCUACAGAUCCUUACGACAUGCUCCGGAAGUUCUUGAGCCUUUUGGAUGGAGAUUGCAAGGGCACCAUGUCUGUUGCGGAGCUGAAGCGUUUCCUCGGAGUUGGAGGUAUGCGAUCGGAGAAUGAGCUUGAGGCCACUGUUUCAGAAAAUCGGCAGGCUGAGAUCCCACUUUCAAAGCUCCAAGAAUUCUUGUUUGAUCCAGAAAGUCAGCAAAAGCUGCUGAACGAUCAACAAACGGCCAGUCGAAUUUCUUGGGCGGUGGCUGACCGGAAUGCCUUCCACAACUUUGUUGGACCUUGGAGUUCCAUACGUUCUGGACCAAAGCCGUCUACACGGAAGACUCCUCAAGGUGCAGCGACUAUUUCUGGAGAAGAGUCCCACAAAGAUUCCGUGGCUGUUGAAAGAGAGGCUGGCAGAAUCUCAGUGCCAAUACCCGUGGCUCCUGCAAAUGGCAGGCACUUGUUCCUUUCUGGUCGAUUCAAUAAUCCAGAGAGCAAGAGCUACAUGAGAGCAGUCAGAGCGGAACUCGAACGGUUGGGAGUCCAAACUUACAUGGUGGAAGGACAAUCACCUAGUGGUGACUUCGGCCAAGCGACCACGAAGGGCCUUUACUAUGCCCUUGCCAUGGUGGCAUUUUGCAGUCAUGACUACGGAGCCAAAACCACCGCACGCUAUGAGACCUACUUUGAGUUGAAAACGGCGCACGAAAAGUGCAUUCCCAUUAUUCCAAUUCAACUGUGCGACAUUUUUCCACCCGAGCCGCCCGAUGAAGAGGGCCGAUGUCAAAACUUUCUGGUCUUUGGGACCGGCCUUAUCAGGAUCACAGAUGUAGGGUCGAAGGAUCCUACCAGGGUCGCAAAGAACAUCCAAAAGACCUGGCUGACUUUGACACGGCGUUAA